ACAGCGCUGUAUCGGCAACUCCACAGUCAGACGGGCACCGGCUAACAACACGCAUCGCAAAUAACGCGUCUCUUAGAUAAAGAAGAAAAAAAUAAAACAUACAUAUGUAGAAACGAUAUUACAUAUUGUCGGUAUCACUCGGGAGUUCUUUGGUAUUGUGUCAAUAAACGAAUUGAGCUGAUUUCUUAACAUCAAUAUCAUUAAAACGUGCAACGUAUAAGCAACCGAAAUUCGAUUCAAAUUAUAUCCUGAAUUUAAGUUUAAAAUGAGCAACACUAUGACUGCCUCACAUGAGCCCACCAUACACUACCUGGACAGCAUUUUGAACGAGGAGGAGAAACGUUGUGGCGAUCAAUAUUCGCAUCAAUGGCGCAAUUUCACAAUUUCACGUUCGGGUCGCUUCAGAUCGAAGAACAAGAAACGGGAUGUGGUCGAUGGGAAACUGUUUGAUGGCACUGCCAAUCAUAAUGGCAAGGAAAAUACUGAUAAGAUCUCUGCUCGUAAUACAUCCAGCGGUAUGUCCAAAUCAUCCUCCUAUGCAACAAAUACAACAGCAACAAAUACAUCGGCAUCGGCAGCAACAGGAACGACGUCAGUGCGAAGUCAACGUGACAAAACGGAGAGCUAUAAAAGCUUUUACGAAACAAAUUUAUAGAUAGUGUUUGGGCUCUAUACAUCAUAUGUACUAUAUAUAUAUACAACACAUAUAUACUUAUAUAUAUAUAACAUUUGUAUUACGCUUUAUUAAAUCAACCUAAGAGUUUAUUGCACAACGUGUGGACUAUAUAAAUGUGCAAAAUUGGCAACACAAAACGAG